AUGGACUCCAUUGUUGUUUCUCGCACACUAGGUCUGACGCAAGCUGGUGGAAGCAUUCUAGGAACUCUGAUCAGUGGCUGGCUGGCCAACAGGGUCAACACCAAGCUAGGAUAUAACAACAUCAUCAUGGGCACCCACCUGCUGUCGAUGUGCAUCACUCCGCUGUAUGUCGUUUUCGGCUGCAAUAACCAGCCGAUCUAUGGACACGAAGGAAGUCUAGGAAUACCCGUAAAUAUGACAGACACAUGCCAGUGUGUGGGGACUACCAACCUGCUGUCGUGUGGAGCUGACGGCAACAACUACCUAUCGCCCUGCUACGCCGGGUGCCAGAGUGUCAGUGGCAAAGUGAAUAUUCACACGGAGUGCAGUGGGUUGACUGGAUCCACAAAUAUGACCAUGACCUCCGGACUGUGUGAUAGCGACUGCUAUAGAAACUUUGUCCUGUACGUGGUGCUGCACGCGGUACAGAGCACGCUCUACUCAAUGUCAUCCAUACCUAUGAGAUUGCUUAUUCUCAGGUACGUUCUACUCUAG